CCUCCGACGACAUCGUGCUUUGUCAACAUCAUCGCAUGACCUGUGACACACGAUUUCUUACAACGCCGCUUGCUGUAGCCUGGCAACAUUUCAUAUCCUGACUUCGUGCCUCUUGCAGGCCAAAUGGCAGCCAAUUGCCCCGCGAUAAGCCGAUCGUCCUGGGAGACAUUGUUUAACGCGACAGAAAUACUCCAUCAGCGAUGGGAAGAUAGCCCUGAAGACAAUCGGAAGAGGCUAGAGCUCUGCUGGGGCUAUAAUGAUUGUGGAGAUUGCCAUCGCAGCAAAGGCCAUUGCGGAUGGUGUGCAAUCUCAAACACAUGUCUACCGCUACCCAUGGAUCCCUUGUCUCGUGCUUUCCCUCUCCUCUCUCCGAUCCGGUACAAAUUCAUAUGCGCAACUGGUCCCGAGCGCUUCGAAUUACGUACCAGCGGUCUCGGAUGCCAAGUCUCCACCAUCACUUUUCUAACGUCCGUCGUCACCAUCUUCUGCACACUGUUCGGUGUUCUGGUCAUCUAUCUUCUUUUUCGCACAGCUGAGAGGAUCAGCUUCACCCUGAAAGCGAGGAAAGGUGGCUGGGUGGUUUAUGCUGAUGGUAGGGAGGAUAUUUGGGUCAGGAAGAGCGAAGGCUUGGGGAGGUGGUGGAGACAAGUCAUUGGACGACCCAAAGAACAUGAAGUUCUCGAAGUCGAUGGAGGGACACGGGGAAGAAGUUGGAGGGCCUGGAUGAGAAGGUCGAGGGACCGCGAAGGCAGAAAUGCAAUUAGCGAGAACCGUCCGUUACUUGGUUGAAAGCCCUUCUUGUGGUCCCGGCCCUGCUCCCCCGAACAACGUUCAAUAAGAGAAAAUUGAAGGUUCAUUGCGUAUCGUACGGUGCCUGUUGCUCCGGUCACCGCUGGCUUUUUCUCGCUUAGCCAACUUCGCCUGCUGUGCUCAAAUAUCCGUCUCCUCCGCGAUGUGAAUCGAACCUGCACCCACUUUGGACACAUACUUCGCUGAGAGCGAGCUUUACGUCCUGGACUCUCCAUUUCAGCCUGGCUUGGUCCUGGC